AUGCUCCAAGCCGAGAGUCGGGUGUUUAUUCACCGCUCUCCGCCCGGCAAAAAAAAGUCUCCCGAAGACACCGCAGGGAGUUCGGCUUCACCUAUCGUCAAUCAUUGUCUCGACUCAUUUUCCGCCACGAUGAUGAGUGCUAAUGGUCUGAAAGGGGCCAGUGCAGCCGCUGCUUUUGCUCGGCAGCGGCUUGCCCCUUUUCCCGGGUCUUCUCGAUCGCUCUCUACACUACGCGCUCAACGCGUGCGCAUUCCCAAUUCGAGGGGUCAAUUACCUUCAGGGCUUUCCAAUAAUGUGACCCGAUGGGCAAUGCCUGCCGUCGCUGGCGCUGGAGCCAUUCGUUUCAACUCUACUACUCCCAGCCCCGAGCCAACUCCGGAGACCGCAGCCGGCGAAUUAGCAGACAUCGACCUGUCUACCGUCGAUAUUUCCAAGAUCCCCGAACAUAUUGGUUAUUUGAAGGAACUUGGCUUGACCUUUGGCUGGGGUACCUCGACCAUGAUGGAGUGGACCCUGGAGCACAUUCACAUGUGGAGUGGCUUGCCCUGGUGGGCCAGUAUUGUCUCUUUGGGUCUUCUUGUUCGAUUGGCGCUACUUAAGCCAUCGAUUGAUGCGUCUCACCAAGCCGCUCUCAAUCACAACAUCAAGCCUUUGACCGGUCCUCUUAGAAGUCAGAUGCUUCAGGCUUCAAAGGACAGCAACCAUAUGGAAGUCGCGCGGACAAGAGCUCAACUCCAGGAAAUCCACAAACAGCACGGAGUUUCUAUGUGGAAGUCCUUUCUGCCAAUGAUUCAGGUACCAUUAGGUUUCGGAAUGUUCCGAGUUAUCCGUGGCAUGACCAGUCUGCCUGUCCCAGCUUUAUUAACCGAGAAGACUCUCUGGCUAUCGGACCUGACCUUAGCGGACCCUUACUACCUUCUCCCUGCUAUCAGUGCAUUCUCCAUGUACUUGACUUUUAAGAAAGGAGGAGAGGCCGGCAUGACAGAUCUAUUUAACACCUCAGCGGGCAAGAGUUUGCUAAUUGGACUGCCGUCAAUUUCCUUCGUUUUCAUGAGCUGGAUGCCAGCCGCUCUUCAACUUUACUUCGUAGCCACUGGUGCCUGGGCUGUUGGUCAGUCUCAUAUCCUCAACAACAACAGCUUCCGCCGACUUAUGAAGAUGGAAAUUGCGCAAAAGUCUAUCAAUACUACGGAGUAUGAGGACAGCUUGAAGCAAUUGACAAAGCGCCUGCAAGAGGAUCGCCAACAACGACUUCACGAAACUACGGAACAAUUCAAAUCUCAGGUUGAUCCUAAAACUCACAGCUUCAUUGACCGAUUGAUCAAGGGUGGCAAGGACCAUUUCAAGAAAGUGAAGUCUGAAGCCAGCGAUAAGUUGAAAGAGGUCUCUGGCAGCGGUGCGGCUACUAAUGCUGAUGGCUCGCCGGCAGCGAAGCCUCGUCUUACUGAUGCCCAACGUAAGGCAGCAUUGAAGGAUGAGGAGCAGCAAAUGGCCUGGAACAAGGAAGAGCGCGAGCGCCGCAAUGAGGAGCGCCGCUUAGCUUUCAAACAAGCUAUGAGCAGGGACAGGAACCGGGCGAAGCGCUCAUACGAUAAGAAACAGUGA